CUCUCUCUGUUGUCUCUCAUCAGCAACAAACUCAGAAACAGAGGAGCCCGAGGACCCAGAAUGCACCCAUUGCUAGACCAGGGAACGAUGGCGUGAAAGAGCUUGAUAAAACACCAUCUCCCUCAUGAAUUACCGGAAAAACCCUAACCCUGAAUCAGAGAUCACUAGCAUGAGAACGAAAAUGGCUCAUGCUUGAGAAAGUUCUAAUCUUUGCCCUAGAUGUCAAUAGCGCAGCAGCUUGGACAAGUGGGAGCCGACUUAUGAACCAGAAAUAAUCCUAAUCCUCGACCAGAGCUAGAAAUUCUUAUCCCCUGGGCUGAGAAUCAUUGGCGAGAGAGCCUGAGAAAACCCUAACCCUAGUCAAGAGAGCCAGAGCUCCCUAAAGCAGCAUCACUGAAUAGUGGUGAUAAGACCUCAAAAGCGGGGAGCUGUUUCAUGAACCAGCAAGUAAAAACCCUAAUCCUGGACCAGAGAGCAAGAAAGCCCAAACCAGUGAAUAAUUGCUAAGAGCCAAAUAGGUCCCAAUUGCUCUCUAGAAAAUAGCACCAGGACUCUUAAUCCCUACCAUAGAACAAUGGCUAAAGACCCUGAAAAACCAGCACCGUCUCCAUGAACCAGCGCAAAGACCUAACCCUAAACCCUAAACCCUAAACCAUCAACCACCAUGGAAGGUGAAGAGGAGUCCUUUGCCAUGCCCCCUACUCUCCUGAAUUCAACCCCCUCCAUUGCUGAAAUUGUAGUUUUCAGAGAUGAGGAAGACUCAGAUGAAAAAGCUGACUGCCGAAGUGCAAGCUCAGGUGACUCAGAUGCUGAUCCCACUGACCAUCGAGGACCUCGGCCCCUCUUCAUAGACCCUGAUCCCCAUAUCUCAACCCAAUUUUACACCUUCAACAAAGAGUCCCAUAACCUCAUGGUUCACUGCAUAUUGGAGCAACGACUAGCGACACCAGAGGAGAUCAAGAGAGCUACACCAAAUUCGAUACUCCUGUCAUGGCGAGGAGUAUGGAAAGAUAGGAACGUAGACACCGCAUAUCUCACUGGUUGGAAGCGAAUUCAAGAGAAGCUCAACGCACAUAUUGAUGAAAAUGGCAAUGAGGUUUUGUAUUUCAAGAAUAAUUCGCACCAAUUUGUGUCUCAUGUAGACCAGUGGCAAGACAUAGUGAUGGGUUUUCAUGGAGACGCUGACCUUAAACACUUAGGGCUCAAGGAAUCGGUGGAGCGUAUAAAGCAGGUAUGGACAGUGGGUGCAAAAUUUUAUGGAAUUCCUGAGUCCUUUAUUAGGGUUUGUGUUGCUUCUUGCCCUGUUUGCUCUGAUGUGGGUUCUAGUGCUCCAAGAAAUAAGAGGAGGAGGUUUGAGUAUACAGAGUCUUUUGAGGUUCCUGCUAAAGAAGUGCCUGAAAGGCUUCAACAAUUGGCAGCUAAGCACAAGGUGGUGCUUUGUAUAAGGCAAAAGUAUAUAAGAUAUAAGCCUUUCAUGGCUGAGGUUAAGGAUUACGCUUGCCAUAGGGCUGGAGAGCCCACUUCGAAGAGGUCGAGGAUUGUGAAGCGUGAGCCAUACGUUUCGAAGAGGUGUGGAUGUGCGUUUCGAAUACGAGCAAUUGUACCCAUUGCAAAUUACAAUGAGAAAGACAAGACCUUUGUGUACCAAGAAGAGGGAAUGGCAAUUUUCAAGCUCUAUGCUGUGCAUUCAGGGCAUGAACCCGGUGCGCUUGAUGGGAAUGCGAGGAUAAUUCACAGGUUAGUUGGAGCGAAGGAGGGUGGGUUCACCAUCAUGGAACAUGAGCCACCUAUAUAUGGGGAUUCAGACACUUUUGGGCUCAUGGGUAAGGAGGAAUCAGACUCCCAGCUUGCAAUGUUGCAACAGGUUCAGGAGCUCAGGACUGAAAUUGGGCUUUUGGAAUCAAAGAUCACGAAAAUUCCCCAUGAGCUAUUGGCCUCUCUUUCUCAAGAGAUUUCUUCUGUUAUGAGUAGGCUUCGGAGUAUGAGAGAGGUUUCUAGAUCAGAGGGGUUAUUGAUUGGGAGACAGCAUUCAGAUGAGGUUCUUAUUGGGGACCCAGGUCUUGGGCACUGGGGUGAACAACAUAUCCGCAGCGAUGGAAAAGAUGGUGAAUUGAUUGAGGAAGAAGAUGAUGCCUUUGAGCAUAGCCUUGAUGAGGUUGCUUCUUGGGAUAGGCUGAAGGAUGAAUGCCGAGAGAGAAAGGAUAUAAUCAGGGGGAAUACUAAGACUGAGAAGUGGUUGGAUUCGGUUAAGGAGGCUUGUGGAGAGUUUGAUGAGAAGACCAUAUUGGAUUGUGAGGAUUCGAAGCUUAUAAAGCCCAUUAGGCAUGAUGGGACAAUUGUAACAGAUGCUAACCUUGUUGGUUUACCUGUAGUGGGGUUCUAUGCUGAUAAUACCAAAUGGUAUGAUUCACCAUGUGGCCUGGAUACGGGUACGGAUUGUGGGGAUGGGGGCUUCAGGCAUGGCAGCAUUGUGUAGUAGUAAGUGUCUUCUCUAUUGCCCAAAGUGUUUUCGGGGUACCAUUGAGGCACCUUGGCUUGUUUUGGGCGAUUGGAUGGUAUGUUGUAAAUUAUGUACACAUAGCAAUUGCAUAGUUGCUUGAGAUUCUCUUGUACGUACUUCCUCAACAGUUCUUUGUUGGGCUAUUUAUACAUGUGCUUUUCAUUCUCUCGUAGCUACUUCCUCAACAGAUAAUACUGCAAUUCUCAUUAACGCAUGUUUUUAUUAUCUUUGGAAUUCAAUAUUU